AUGACAAUAGCUUUAGAUGAAGAAGAACAAGAAACAACAAAAGGUAAAAAACGUAUUUGGGUGCAUGAAAUUUUAAAACGGAGAAAAGUAGAUGGUGCAUUUUAUACAUUAUGUACAACUCUUGAAGAUCACGAAGAAAAAUUUUUUAUUUAUUUUAGAAUGUGUUCAUAUCAGUUUAAUAUACUUUUAUCAAAAAUAAAAAAUGAUAUUACUAAACAAAACACUCACUUUAGAGAAGCGAUACCAGCUAAACAAAAAUUGGCAGUAUGUUUAAGGUGA